AUUAAAAACAAGAAAAUCUACGAGGUAAAAAAUAUCGUGUCAAACUGGCUUGCCUCGGUGUCCUACGGCGAACUCGAGAAUAACCUGGAUUUAAAUCGGCUAAACUAAAAAAAGUGAUAACUUACAUGGACCAGUUAUCAUACUGUUAUGACGAGGAUAUGUUUAUGGCCAUUGAUGCCGAAUAUGGACCAAUUUCGAGUACUCAGCAAACCAUGUACAUAGAGCUUAAUUCUCAGCACCGUAGCGCCCUUCCAUGGUAUGCGUCGUCAGGGUGUACCGCAGCAUCUGCCCCCAGGAUGGUCUUGUGUCGUGAAACACUCGGCCCUGUGUUCUUACCAUUUUCUGUUGACCAGUGGGAAGUGCUUACGGUGGGCCGCAACGGCCACGACGUUGGGGAGGCCCUAGUCUCAAGCAUUUUGACUCCGUCUCUCAAAUACCACAUGCGUGACUGUCGUUCAGAAGACAAGGUCCUGGUCAUCAACCAGAAAAUGAACUCCAAGUCCGUCGCACAGAAAGCUUGGUCAGUUGACCCCGCUAUGUACCCUGACCCACCCAACUUUACUUUUUUAGUGAAACAGGUCGCUGGCGCGAACGAUCAAACGUCUGGAACAUCGAACACCCCAGACGUGGAGGAAAAGAAGGGGCUGGGCCCAACGCAGGCGGCACCAAUAGGGCAAAUCAUAAUGCCGGUGCAGCCGAAGACAGAAGCCACAUCCCCCACGGAGGAAAGCGUCCCAACAGAGACGAAAGGUACAGCGCCCGCAUCGAGCGGGACUGGCCAAGAAAAAAGGACAAUAAAGAUAGCUGAGAACCUGCGCAUGUCAGCCGACCUCCACGCCACAGCACACGCAGGUCUCGAAUCAUCUGUGGCAUCUCCGAGCCCCGGGACAUGGGAAUCUCCCGGUGUUAACGGUACCAGACUGACUAUUCCCGUGAUGACCGGCCGACUAGCCGAUAGGGGAGCGAGCCUUUAUAGCGUAAGUGUGGACGAUGAACUGAUCAAGGCACUAGAUGCCAUUGGUCCCUUCAAACCCAACGUCGACAAUUUGGGCUCAUUGGUUCGCUUCCGUGUUACAGUUCGAACAUUGGUUUCAAGUAAUGCUAUCGAGACUUGAGCCAAAAGCAGUGGUUGUCAUGGACAAUGCCAGCUACCACUCAAGAUGCCAGGAACAAAAUCCCAGUUACUAGUUGGAAAAAAAUAGAUAUUCAAGAAUGGCUUUCUUCAAAGCAAAAUUCUUUUGAGGCAAAGGAAACAAAAGUCCAGCUCUUGAAAAAGGUGAAAGAUGUCAAGAUUCAGUACCAAUCGUACGUGGUCGAUGAGCUGGCAAAAGCAGUUGGUGUGGAGGUAUUGAGAUUACCUCCGUACCAUUGCGAUUUGAAUCCCAUCGAACUAGUGUGGGCAGACGUCAAGGGGUAUGUGUCCCGAAAAAAUACAACAUUUAAAAUGAUGUUAAAAGCUGCUCCAGGCUUUAGGCAAAAUUUCAGCAAAAAAAUGGCAAAAUUACAUCAGUCUUAGCUUAAUUUUAUUUGCAGGUCCAAACACUACUAAAAAAGUAUUGAAUCGUAUAAAAUUGACCAAAAAAGAGCAUAAUUUAUACCAUAAAU